UGUUUUGCACAUCCCUAGAACAUACACAACAUUUUCUCUGUGCUUUUCAUAAUAAAUUGAUUUCAUUUUUAAUUUAACUACCUAGUUUUAUUGGAAUAUACAUUUUCUAAAAUGGGUGAAAGGUAUAAUAUACACAGCCAAUUAGAGCAUUUGCAGAGCAAGUAUAUCGGUACCGGACAUGCGGAUACAACAAAAUUUGAAUGGCUAACUAAUCAACAUCGCGAUUCCCUUGCUAGUUAUAUGGGACAUUACGAUAUGCUGAAUUAUUUUGCAAUUGCUGAAAAUGAGUCUAAAGCGCGCAUUCGAUUUAAUUUGAUGGAGCGUAUGUUGCAGCCGUGUGGACCGCCACCAGAAAAGGCCGACGAUUAAAAAUUAGUUGCCAAAAAUGGUACUGUAAUGUGUCAACUAGGAAGUUUAAUUUUUUAAAAUAAAGUAAAUAUUGAUUUGUAUAUAAGAGAAAAUCUUUGGUUUAUUUAAUGUAAAAAUAUCUAAUGACCGAAAGAAUAUGUAUAUAAUAUGCAGUGAUACGACGUUCCUUCGGUUUCAAAUUCGAGUAAAUCUAUCAUAGUUCUAGCAAAUUAUGCUUCAAUUGUUUGACAAUUGUAUUAUGUAUGAUAGAAACCAAAACUUUAAAAAAAUUUUUUAGUUAUUUAAGGUCUUCAGUUCCAUUUUCAGAGAUAAUACGUUUGACAUAUUGGUUCUCAGCCCACAUUUCAAAUCUUUUAAGGUAGUAGUCUGGUAACUUAUGCCUAUUUUAAUGACUUCUUUAGAGGGUGGUUUUUUAUAGAAAAAUAAAAAUGAAUUAUCUUGAAUA